AUGACGCCGGCGACCGCGGCGACGACGCUCGCGCGCGGCGCGGCGGCGGCGGCCGUCGUCCGCGCGUCGUCAUCGUCGCGGUCGUCGUCGUCGUCGUCGCGUCGCGCGCCCGCGCGCCCCGCCGCGGCGGCGCCGAGCGGCGCGUCGCCGUGGACGCGCCGCCCGGCGCGCCGCCGCGUCCGCGACGAUGACAGCGCGCGCGCGAGGGCGCUCGCCUUCGACGGCGGCGCGGAGCCGCCGCGACGCCGACGCGACCGCGAUCGCCGCGACGUCGCGUCGUCGAAGACGUCCGCGGAAGAGGACGCGCUCGAGCUGAGGUACGAAGCCGCGCGCAGCGAGUACGGCGAGCUCAGGCGACGCGAGGCUGGCGCGAGCGUGGACGUCCUCGAGAAGGACGCGGACCUCGACGACGAAGACGCGGACCUCGACGACGAAGACGACGAAGACGCCGCCGACGACGCCGCGCGCGACCCUCUCGUUUCGUACAGCGAAGCCGCCGCGUCGCAGCUCAACGCCGUGGACGUCGGCGAGGACAUGGAGACCAGGGAGGGGUGGAUCGGAUACAAGGCCCUCCUCGCGCAAAUCACGCUGCUCGGGCUUCCCGCGCUCGUGAACAGCUGCAUAGAGCCGGUGCUGAGCUCGGCGGAGACGGCGUGCGCCGCGAAGAUUGGGACGAUUUAUCUCGCCGCGCUCGCGCCGACGACGUCGCUGUUCUCUUUCGCCGCGGAGGUGUGCUACGCGCUGUCCAUCGUCGUCACGACCGCGGUCGCGAAGGUGUCCGCGGCGGCGGCGGCGGCGGCGGCGGACUCGAACUCGAACUCGAACUCGAACUCGAACUCGAACUCGAACUCGAACUCGAACUCGACGAUCGCCGCCGCGGAGGACGACGGCGGCGCGGCUGUGGACGGCGGCGAGCUCCCUCGGAUGGUCACCGCCGCCGUCGGCGCGGCGUUCGUCAGCGGCGGCGUCCUCGCCGCCGGCCUCGCGGUCGCGGCCGGCCCGCUGCUCGCCUUCAUGCACGUCCCUCCCGCGGCGGCGCCCGUCGUGAAGAGCUACGUCGUCGUCCGCGCGCUCGGGUUGCCGUUCUUCGCCGCGUCCAACGCCGCGGAGGCGCGUUCAUAUUUACACUGGUUCCCAUACGACCGCGUCGGCGUGGGGGUCUUCGUCGGCCAACGCGACGGCGUCACGCCGAUGCGCGCGUGGACGAGCACGGGGCUCGCGACGCUCGCGAUGCUCCUCGCGGCCGCGCACCCGGAGUGGGGGCCGUUCGGGUGGGGACUCGUCGGAGCCGCGGGCGCGAUCGCGGCGGGGCAGGUGUUCACGUUCGCGGUGUUCCUCCGAGGGCUCGUGAGGGACGGGCUGUUGAUCUCGCCGUUCGGCGGCGCGGACGCGGACGCGGACGCGGACGCGGAUUCCGCCGCGACGCGCAUCCCCGGCGCCGACGUCGCGGGUCUCGGCGGCGGCGCGGGUGAAAAAGUCGUGGCCGCGUGCCUCGCGUCCGUCGCUGCGUGCAGACAAGCCGCGGACGUCAUCAAUCGCUCGAAGAUGCUCAGCGAGAUCGGCUGGCUCUUCGUCGGCGCGUUUUCGAGGAUGGGGACCUACGCGGCGAUCACCGCGUCCGCGUCGUCGUUGGGCGUCGUCCCGGGCGCCGCGCACAAGGUGGCGCUGGAGGUUUUCUGGCUCCUGUCGUUCCUCACCGAGCCCGUGUUCACCGCGUGCAACGCGCUGCUCCCGCGCGAGCUCGGCGCCGGCCGGUAUCAGAGCGCGAGAAAAUUCCGCGGCGCGCUCGUCGCCGUCGCCGCUGCGCUCGGCGCCGUCCUGGCCUCCGUCGCGGCGGCGGUGACGACCACGGGGGCCUUCUCCGACGACCCGCUCGUGACGACCGCGCUGCGUACGCUGACGAUCCCGGUCGCGGCGUCGCUGGGGCUCAGCGCGACCGUGUACGGGAUCGAGGGAAGCAUCAUCGGCGCCGGGGAGGUGGGGUACCUCGGGCGGACGCACCUGAGAGAUUUUUUCGUCGUGUUGGCGUUGUUAAAGACGCACGAGACGUUCGCGUGCUUCGGCGGGGGGUUGGAGGGGGUGUGGUGGGUCUGCGCGACGUUCCAGGGGCUUCGGAUCGCGCAGCAUUGGCUGCACCUGGAGGCGAAGAAGCCGUUUUGGAGCCCGGCGGAGAGGAGGGACGGGAAGGCGAGGAAGACGAUCGGGUUGAAGACCGCCGCGUGACGCGCUCGUCAUUUUAUCAUUAUUUUCGCGUUGAACGAUUUGAACGAUAUCCAUUCUUUAUCAC